AGGUAAAAAAAGCUCGGAUCCCAAAACGUAUCUCUGUGAUCUGUUACAUCUGUACAUAAAAAUUGAACACAAAACGAAAGAUGCCCAAAUCCAGACUGUAAAAUUUCAUGGAUUCAACAUCGCAACGCCGCCUCAUAGCAAUUCAAAACCAUCUCAUCUCCACCGCCGGCAACCAACUGCCUCUUCUCCGAAUCAACGAUACCACUGGCCACUUCUUUAUCGGUUGUUUGGACCCUGAAAACUUCAAGGAAUUCAAACUUGUUAAACGCACCGAGCUCAGCCAUAAUGUGGCCUUGUUUAGAUUUGCAUUGCCUACACCAAGUUCAGUGUUGGGACUUCCAAUCGGACAACAUAUGAGUUGCAGAGGAAAAGAUAGUCAGGGUGAACAAGUUAUCAAACCGUAUACUCCGACCACUUUAGAUUCAGAUGUUGGAUACUUUGAACUAGUUAUAAAGAUGUAUCCACAAGGAAGGAUGUCCCACCAUUUCAGAGAAAUGCGUGAAGGCGAUUACCUGGCUGUGAAGGGACCCAAGGGGAAAUUUAAGUAUCAACCUGGCCAAGUAAGGGCUUUUGGGAUGCUUGCUGGAGGCACUGGCAUUACUCCAAUGUUCCAGGUUACUAGAGCCAUACUUGAAAAUCCAAAUGACAAAACCAAUAUUCAUCUAAUUUAUGCCAAUGUCACUAACGAAGACAUUCUUUUGAAGGAAGAGCUGGAUAACCUGGCCAGUAAUUUUCCUAACCGCUUUAAAGUUUACUAUGUUCUGAAUCAGCCACCAGAAGUAUGGAAUGGUGGAGUUGGGUUCAUAUCCAAGGAGAUGAUUGAAGCCCACUGCCCUGCACCUGCUGCCGAUGUUAAAAUAUUAAGGUGCGGGCCACCACCCAUGAACAAAGCAAUGGCUGCUAACCUUGAAGCUCUUGAAUACACUCCCCAAAUGCAGUUCCAAUUUUAAGCCAUUUAUACUCCUAUCAUUUUCCCCACUUCAUUAUAUAUGGCUAAUAAGAACAUACAAUUCUAUUGUUUCCCUUCAGUCCUGGUAAGACUACCAGUAACCUAAAGGGCCAUAAUUUAGCAUUCUUCUUUUAGUUUGGAGAGAAGGUACCUAUGCUGUCAUUUCCAUGGCAAAACAAUUUCCACCAACUCCUUACAGUUUCAAAUGGUUGGAAUAGCUAUUUUAGUUAUUAUUCAAGCACAAAGUUUUAAUAUGUUGAAGCUGCAAUCAUCGCUAACAAUAAACUGCCCUGGUUUGGAGAAAAUAUAUUUUUGUUUGAUUGA